UUUCCCGCUUCUUUGGAACCGUCGUCGCUUCUCCCCCUCCCCCUGCGCUGACUGAGGUGGCGAACUGAGCGAAGCUGCCUCCAGGAAAGGAGAGGAGGGCAAUGAGAAGCGACGGGUUGCUGAUGUGGGGCGGGCAGGGGUGGGGCCACCACGGAAGCCCUCCCUUAGAAACUGGGGGAGAGCACAUGAGAGAGAUGGGGAGGAUCGUAUCUCAGCGGGAAGCGCAUUCCAUAAUCUCGGGGGCAGUCUCUGUGCAGCCACCAAAUGAGUUGGCGGUAACUGGAGAUGGACAUCCUCAUGUAAAAUACCUGCUUUUAUCUUUACAUUUAUAUCCCGCUCUUCCUCCGAGGAGCUCAGAGCAGUGUACAUGCUUAUUUUUAUCCCCACAACAGCCCUGUGCCGCAAGUUAGACUGAGAGAUAUGUGACUGGCCCAGAGUCACCCAGUGAGUUUCAUGGUUGGAUUGUAGCAGAAUUCCCUAGCCCGGAUUCAGAGUGCGAAAUUGACACCAGCUGAGAAAAAACAGAUUUAUUGCCAGGCAAUUUGAUCUCAGUGGAAUCGCUCCCAACCUGAGAUAAAGAUUACAUCGUGGUUCCAGCUUUAUAUACAACUUAAUUACAUUCAGUAGAUACAAUCCUCAUUGGUCAGCAUCACUUAACCGUCAUAUUACAAUUAUUAUAAUUAUUGCUAGUUAGACAACAUUCCUCUAUUAUAAUUGAGCCUUUUCUUCUGCCUAUUGAUAAGUGACUAUCUACUCUUUCUCCAGAUGUGCCCUUGAAAAUGUUAGUUUACACGCUUGGCUAGCUGGAGAUAUCAGAGAGGGGCCUCUUGCUGGCAUCCCAGCCAGACCAGUGAGAUUUAUGACUUAACAACUUGCAAUUAACAACAAGGCAGCUUAUAGACCCUAUUAACCAUUUCUUGACCAGCGCAAACCUGAGUUUCUGCCUCAGGAUAGGGAUUCGAACUCGUGUCUUCCCAGUCCUAGUCCAACACUCUAACCACUACGCUAUGCUGGCUUUUCUAUUGCCUGUUCCUGACAUAUCACUGUACCUUUUUUCAGAGAGGGAUUGUCGAGUUAGUUUGUUGCAGCUAAAGAAAGAAAAAGAAAGAAGAGUUAUUGUGACAUAAGCUUCCAUGGGUUAGAAAGAAACCACUUUUUAUUUUGACCCUGGCACUGCUCUCUGGGUAGAAGUUGGAUCUUGUAGAAGCUACACAGACUCUCCUGAAUUGGUUUCGUUUUUACACAUAAAUCACACACAGCUGCCUUCAAACCACAGUUCACAUCCUUGUCCACAGACUGCACCAUAAAAACCACAGAUUCAGUACACUGUGAUGCAAAAUAAUGGAUCUCCAGAUUCAGCGCACUGUAGGCAAAAACAUGGAUCCCCCUGAUUUUAUAUGGAGACACUCCAAAUCCACCAUCAAAUCACAUCAUCUAUAUCCAUAGAUUUGCACUGUAAAUAUUAUGGAUCCAGCAUGCCAUACCAUUAUGGUGCAAAAAUAUAGAUCCAGAAUCUCCAAAUCCACCAACAAAUAAUCAGCAUCCACAGACUGCACUGUAAAAAUUAUAAAAACAUGGACCUGAGGCACAAAACCUUGGGGAUCUUUGUAGUUUAGCCUGAAGACACUCCAAAUUCACCAUCAAAUUACACCUUGCAGCCAUUUCCACACAUGACACUGUAAAAGUCACAGCUCCAGACUUGUGCUGUAGUGCAAAACAGGGAUCUGUUGCUUGGGUCCUCAUGGUUUUUCUGUGCAGAUACCACAAAUCAGCUGUCAAAUCACAUUAUCACAAUUGUAUCCAUGUACUGCACCCCCCUAAUCAUGGACCAUGCACACCCUAACUAUAUUAAAACAUGGAUCCAAGGCACAGUUUGGUGGCUUUAGGCCACCUCCAGCCUCAGAGCUGAGAUGCCUCUAAAUACCAGUUGCAGGGGAGCAACAGUAGGAGAGAGAGCAUGCCCUCAUAUCUUGCCUGUGAUCUUCUCAGAGGCAUCUGGUGGGCCUCUGUGUGAAACAGGAUGCUAGACUAGAUAGGCCUUGGGCCUGAUCCAGCAAGGCUGUCUUAAUGUUAUGUUCUCACAGAUCAUCUUGGACUACAAGGUUUUUAUAUGGAGCGCUCCUAAAUCUGCCAUUAAAACACACUCACAAAUAUGUUCACAGAUUCGUGAGUGUAAAAAGCAUGGAUGCAGCUCACCAUGGCACAAAAAAAUCCAAUCAACAUCACAGAUCUGAGGUCCAAAUCCUCAUAGUUUUUACUGUGGUGUGAUGAUCUAUGUUGCAAGCUAUGAUUAGAUAGUGGGUUUGAGAGUCUCCCUAUAAGAAUAAUGAGAACACAUGAGGAUCAAUACCUCAGAUCUCUGUAUUUGCACCAUGAGAAUGCCAUGAAGCAUGGUUUUUAUGGUGAAGUCCAUUUAAUUUGACAAUAGAUGUGUGGUGUCUCCAUGUGGAUCUGCAUCAUGUUUCUGUGACACAGUAGUAACACAAAGUGCUGGGUCAAUGGCUAAUUGUGUAGCAGAACUGCAGAACUACAGUUUUGCCCUCUUAAGUCUGAAUCAUUUUAAUGGGAGAGAUCUAAGCACAUGUUUCACUAUCCCACUUAAAUAAAUGUGUCUUAUAUAUGCUCACAAAUUAUAAGCUUUUGUUAGGAGAGUGACUGCUUUUAUUUUAGUGAAAAUGCUGUAAUUCUCCCCAAGUGCAUGCCACAAGUUAGACUGUUAAUAUUAUUUAUCUAACUGCAAAGAACCUGAGUAGGUAAUAAUGCUGAUACUAUAGUCAUUGAUAUGGAUAUUCUCUUCCAUGUGUACACUCUCUCUAUCAAUCCCUCACCAUGGAAAAAUAUCCCACUUUUAAAUUUCCCUAACUCAACAUAUGGGGAAGCAACCUGCCUAGAGAGCUGGAAGCUAUUGGUCCGAAUCCCUGCUGGUGUGUUUCCCAGACUAUGGGAAACACUUGUAUCAGGCAUCCGUGAUAUAGGAAGAUGCUGAAAGUUAUCAUCUCAUACUGUGAGGGAGGAGGCAAUGGUAAACCAUAUGGCUCUGUGGUCGCCAGGAGUCGACACCGACUUGACGGCACAACCUUUUCUUUAAAAAACAACAACUCAGCAUAUACAAAUGUAUAUGUAGAGUCCUUCCAGUCUCUCUGUUCUUCCAUACUAUUUUUCCAGUACAUGACCACCUCUCAUAGUUCUCUAUCUGUCCAUCUCUGCAGGCUGGCCAGCUCAGGCACUGGCCAGGAUCUCAUGCCAAUCAGAGGGCCCCACCCAGCUGAGUGAACCCUGAACCUCCAGCACCAGUGGCACCAGCGGUGUGAAUUAUUCAAGAGACUUGCACUGCCACUGCACCCAGCACCCAGUCUACACCCAGAGAUGCAGGGCUUCAAAGGGAAUGCUCCCAUUGACCCAUUGAGAAGAUGGGAGAGUGAGGAGCUGCUGUGUUUGCCUCAAAACUGUGAAAUUUGUAUGGCAGCCAGUGCCAGCAGCAGAAAAAAUGAGGGGGGGGUGGCCACAGAAGAGGCAAAAUGCAUUUCUGAGAGGGUAAACUGUGUCGCCCCCACAUAUUAGAUUUCUGCCCCUUGCCCCCACUCUCUGGAGCUGCCCUUGCGGCAGCUUCCUUCUCCCACCCUCCCUAUUGUCCAUUGGCUUUUCUCCCAAAGGCCCCUCCAUCCCCAUUGCUGAAUGGGGGUGGGAUGCAGCAGCAGCUCCUGUUCCUCCAAUCUGAGAGGGUGGAAAGGGGAGCAAUCACCAUCACCAAAUACUUCCUCCAUUCACCAAUAGAGAAGGUGGCAGGAGGAGCCAUCACCCACCAGUAAGUUUGGCGGGGGGUGGGUGUGUGGGGUCCAGUGCUCCAUGGGAGAACUCAGGGCAGAGUUUUGCCCCUGGGUCCCCAGAAACUGUCAAUGGCACUGUAUCUCUAUAUCUCUCUUCUGCCCCAACAAAAUCUUGACAUAACUUCCUGGUCCAUCUUUUCUGACAGGAGCUGAGUGGGCCCCAUUUACCCCUCUUACAACAUGGACUGGUUUCAUUGCAACCAGUGUUUCGUCCAGGAGGCAUCUGACUUCUGUAUCACCAGUUGUGGACAUAUAUUUUGCAAAAAAUGUGCUGGUACCGGUUCUUCUAACACCUUCUGCAUUUUAAUCUUGGCAGAUAAAUGCCCAACUUGUGGAACAAGCUGCAAAUAUUUGCUUCUCAAUGAUAACAUGAAACCAGAAGAAAAAAGGUUUUUCAAAAGCCCAGUUGAAACAGCACUCAACUAUAUUGCCCACAUUUCUCAGGUGUGGACUUUCCAGAAGGGCCAGAUGGAACUGCUAGUCUCUUUCUACAAGCACAGUGCUUCAAAAGCUGAGGGAGCCCUGAAACAAGCUCACCAGAAGCUAACUUUGCAGGAAAAGGAGAUGGAGGCAAUACAGAAGGAGAACAGGGAACUGAAGAAGUACCUCAGCUUCUUAAAGGCUUCUCCAAGGCACCACCAGGGUAGCAGAAACAGCACCCCAAGGCCAGUUGCCAUCACACCACCAUCACAGACAGUGACGCCACGGCCUGUUUUCCAGCAUUCUAGUGAGGUGGUCAGAUUCAGCCACCCAUCAGACUGGCAUCAUUCCACAGGAACCACCCAGCUGACCCCAGGCAGAAUGACCCCCGUUGACUCUACUAAUGUUACGCCUUCUCCAGCUUCCACACAGAGUUUAUUCUACAGGGCAUCUUCCUCCUCUUCUCACACCCCCAGCUUGAAUGUCUUCAACUUACAGCCAUUCUCAGUGAGGCAAAGUCAGACUGCAAGCAACAGCAGGCAGCAACAGGAAACUCCACACUUCAGUCUUAGCAUCUUCAGUGAUCAAAGGGAUGGGGUUCCUAUGCCAGAACAUCAAAGCAUCAGGAGGCUGCACCCUAUACAGCUAGAAUUCACCCCUCAUGCGACACCAGCCUUUCACAACAGGCUGCCAUCUGUCAGCCAGAUCCACUACCAGUAAAAGGGAGGAUGGAAGCAAUUCUGUUCUCAGCAACAUCAUCAUAACACAAAAUAUCUUGGCAGUUCUAAGUACUGACAGCAGAGGAAUCGCAACACACAACUCUGGUGAAUUGUGGAGCUUGAGGAAGAGCCAUCCACUAACUCUCUCUCACAAAAUAUAGUUUCAGAAGGCAUCUUACAAGCAAUAGGCUUAAGUGAUGUACUAAAUCUUUAUAGAUAGCAGAGCUGCACAACUUUGACCCUUCAGCUGAUGUUCGACUACAACUCCCAUCAUCCACAGCUACAAUGUCCAAUUUUCAGGGAUGAUAGGAGUUGUAGUACAACAACAGCUAGAAGGCCAGAGUUGUGCAGCCCUCCUUUAUAGGGUCUUUAAUGGAAUGUGAUCAAAGAUUGAGAGUGGGGCACCAGCCCUAAAGCUCAAUGUUACUGAUCUAGGAUACUUUCUUACAUAGUUCAUUACAAAUGUUAAGCACCCCUUGGACUCUAUAAAAUAAUAUUAUAUUGCAAGGGUUGGGGUUAGAUUCAUUUGCUAAAAAGAGAGCCAAUAUAUUUGAUAUUGUCAAUGAUUAGAUCUCAGCUGGCAGUUGCAGAAAAGCUCAGCAAUUACCUCUAUUUGGUCUGGGAGCCAGGGCACAUAGGCCUACUUUGUCUAUAACAGCAUUACUUAGCAGAUUAAGGACAUGCAUGCUAGACCAGAACAGCUAUUUUUCUUUUUGAAAGAUGGUUUCCUUUUCUGUUAUAUAUGAAAAAAGACUAUCAACAGAAACCUCCAAACUAUUAUUUUAUUGCUAUUUAUUAAGCUAUCCACCCACACAUCACUGUUUCAUUUAUCUCCUUUGGAUACAUUUAGAACAAGUUGUGGUCCUGGAAGUGAACACAAGCUUGUAUACACCAUGUACCUUCUCCCUGUGUGUGGUUGCUUGGAACAAGCCAAUUUUUCCCCCUUGUUGAGUCAUAUAAAUUGUUUGUGUAGCGAUUCUGCAGGCAUUCUCAGAAGAAGUGAUGAAUAAAUCAUUUAAGAAUGCA